AUGGACUCGACGCCGUUGAGGCAGCCCUUUGUGCGCGCCGAAUCAUCUUACAACCCAGACAAGCCGUUUUCGAAGAAGAGGAACCAAGAAUAUCCAUGGCAGCUCUGGUGGUGCCUGGCAGUGUUCUUCUUCCUCGUCUCUUCCUUGCAGCUAGCUUCACAUCUAUGUAACAAGAUCGCCGUCGCCAGGUCGAAGACGCGAAGCGUUGGUGAUGGUGAACCCCCCGGGCAGCUGUCGAGCACCCGUAGCGUCUGGUCGCUUCGAAAGCUUCCAACCGCUGUUGUCAACGGCUACCGCGUCAUGGCCUUUCGCUGGACCAUCGACUUUGGUCGCGGCUAUGUGUUGAAUGUGGCUGAGGUCGUCUUGACUAUUGUCUAUAUUGUCGCGCUAUUCACUUGGUCUUUCAUCAACACUACUGAUGUUGCGGGUAAUAAACAUGCAAACCGGUACUGGUCCAAUCGCACGGGAACGCUGGCUACCAGCCAAUUCCCCUUGAUCACCGCGCUUGGGACCAAGAAUAAUUUGAUAUCUUUGUCCUCUGACAGGAUAAAACAGCUCAACUACAUGCACAGGAUGACAUCGCGAGUCACCUUCGUUCUCAUAUGGGUGCACGGGAUUGGUAGAAUUGUCAAAGGCAUUCCUGCGCACGAAUGGCAUGAUUCGUGGCUGUGGCCAGGUAUCCUGGCUGCUGUAGGCCUGACAAUCGUAUGCAUGCUAUCCAUCCGCCCUGUUCGCGCUCAGGCAUACGAGCUUUUCUUUUAUGUCCAUUUCUUCCUGGUCCUCGCAUUCCUCAUUGGCGCGUACUACCAUGCCCGCUAUAGACACUUUGACCCUUAUAUCAUCGCGUGCUUCAUCAUUUGGGGAGCCGACCGUCUCAUCCGCGUCGUGCGUCUCGUCGUAUUCAACCACUCGUAUUUCGGGUUUAAAUCGGGCAGCGGCACGCUCGACGCUACGACCGAGCUCCUUUCUCCGGAGAUGGUGCGCCUCGUCCUGCGGCGCCCACCCCACUUCCAUUGGUCGCCAGGCCAAACUGCGUACCUCAUCAUGCCGGGUGUGUCGGCACUCCCGUUCGAAGCUCACCCCUUCACCAUUGCGAGCUUCGAUUCUGGAUCAAAUGUCGAGGAGGAUUUCGGCGGCGCUGGGAGCUUCGACGUGAAGGAGAAGGAAAGCGAGGGUUCCGGGAAUGAUACGACGUAUUGGAAGGAACUCGUGUUCCUCGUCAGCCCCAGAGACGGCUGCACCCGCCGCUUGCUCGAUGUAGCGGCUAAACGAGGAACGAUUAAAGUCUUUGUGGAUGGGCCUUACGGUCCUUCCCCGGAUAUGCGCCGCUUUGAUACUUGCGUUCUUAUUGCUGGUGGCUCUGGUGUAUCGCACACACUACCCGUUCUCUUGGAUAUCAUUGAGAAGGCCCGGGAUGAACAAACACACUGUACUAGGGUACUCUUUAUAUGGGCAAUUCGUGAACUUGCGCACAUCAACUGGAUCUCGGAGGCCCUUCGCAGAGGGCUCCUCAUUGCUCCCCCUGAUUUGGACAUCGAUAUACAAGUCUUCAUCACUCGUCAAAGUUCCGACGGCAUGGAGGUUGAGAAUGCAUCCACUAACCUGCAUCCUUCAACACCACAGAGUGACAAAACCGUUGCUGACGGAAACCCUUCCGUGCUAAACAUGUCGGGCAUCCGCGUAGCCUCUGGCCGACCCGACCUCAAGGCGCUUCUGCAGCACGAAGUGGCUGCUACGCAAGGACGGAUGUCUGUCAGUGUUUGUGGAUCACAGAGUAUCUCCCAGACCGUGAGGAGCGCGCUCUCUUUCCCCGUGUCUGGCGCCCCCAACAUCCUUGGAGGAGGAGCAAGCGUGACUUUACAUGUUGAGUCGUUUGGAUACGCGUGA